AAGCAGGAUGGUUCCCUGUCAUGAUUAUGGAUGUAAUUCAUUAUUUCAGAUUUAAAUCACUUGUCUGGACAAUUCUUAUCUCCUCACUGUCUGUGAUCGAUGGUGCAACACCUUGGGGGCUCCCUCCAGCUGUGGAUCUUUGCUCACCAAAUCCUUGCCAAAACCAAGCCUUGUGUCAAAGCCGCGAGGAUGGCUACGCGUGCUUCUGUGUGCCGGGCUUCCAGGGUGCUCAUUGUCAGAUUGAUGUCAAUGAAUGCGUCUCCCAGCCCUGCAUGAAUGGAGGCACCUGUGUGGACAGAGUAGGCCGAUACUCCUGUCUGUGUGCGACUGGAUUCACUGGGGCCACUUGUGAGGUCUCGAUUGAUGCAUGCCAAUCACAGCCUUGUCUCAAUGGCGGCAGUUGCCAGGGCGACGCUGGUGGCUUCAGUUGCACCUGCCCGCCCGGUUUCCAAGGACACCGGUGUGAAAACAACAUUGAUGAUUGCCAAGAUGAGCCAUGCCAAAAUGGAGCUGCGUGUAUAGAUGGCGUGAAUGGAUAUAGCUGUGACUGCUCACAAACCGCCUUUACUGGCAGAUACUGUGAGGGACCGAGACAAACAUGCUACACUCAACCCUGCUUCAACAGCGCCACCUGUAUGGAGAGGCAGGGUCAUUACACUUGUCAAUGCUUGCCAGGGUUUGAAGGUCCACUAUGUGAAAUUGACAUCAAUGAGUGUGGCAGCAACCCAUGUUUAAACGGAGGACGCUGCAUCGAGAGGUCAUGGCAGGCCCUUUUUGGCAUUGAGCCACUGCUGCCUGAGCACUACGAUCCACAGCACGCUGAAGGCUACAUCUGCAGCUGUCCUCCAGGAGCAACAGGUUCCCUCUGCCAAGAGCUAAUAGACCACUGUGAUCCGAGCCCCUGCCAGAAUGGGGUGAGGUGUGAGAACCAUGAUGGGGGGUACAUGUGUCACUGCAGCAAACAGCAUAGCUAUGGCUACCUCUAUGGAGGUGCAAACUGUGACGUGAGGUUGGUGGGCUGUGACGGCCAUGAGUGCCAGAACCAAGGCUCCUGCAAUCCUUUCCUGCUGGAUGGAACUCACGGCUACACCUGCUCCUGCUCGCCUGGAUACACCGGCCCCCUCUGCAAGACCCCCACCACCUUCUCAUUUGAACGCAGUGGCUACCUUCUGCUACAGAGCCCCUUUGUGGAUCCAGAGAUCUCUUGUAAUAUCACCCUCAGCUUCAAGACGGCUCUGCCCAAGGCUAUAUUGUUCCAGCGGAGCAUCAGGGGCCUACUGCUGAUUCUGGAGCUGCAAGAGGGGCAGCUUCACCUCACACUGAGGAUGGAAGCUUCCGCUGGGCUCCAUGCACAGAGUCGAAUCGGGGCUUUGGAGCUGUCACACAUAGUCACAGAUGGAGAGUGGCACACUGUCGAGGCAGUUCUCACAAAUUGGGUGCUCAGUCUGAGACUCUUGGAUGAUGCAGCAAAGUGUCAGAGGCAGCCAUGCUACAAGGUGGCCGCAGUCCAUAGUAACAUGGACGGCCUGGUGUCGCCUCCUCAGAACACCUUCAUCGGAGGAGUGCUAAAGGACUUGAGCCAAGACUCCACAAUUUCGGCUUUCAUAGGUUGCAUGCGGGAUGUCUUGGUGGACUGGCAACUGGUUGUCCCUGAGGAGUGGCUGAGCGACUCUGCUGUGAAUGUGUCCCCCGGCUGCAGCCACCGGGACCGCUGCUUAGAUGUGCCUUGCCAAAACAAUGGACGGUGUGUCAACUUGUGGCAAAGCUACCAGUGCCAGUGUCCAAGGCCUUACGAGGGGCAAGACUGUGAAGAGGAACAUGUGACCGCACGCUUUGGGAGCGAGGACUCACUCAGUUACGCUGCCUUCACCGUCACAGAUGACCUGGGUCAGGAUCUCUCAAUCUCUCUCUUCCUGCGCACGCAGAAGCCCGGCGGCCUCCUGGUGGCUGUGGGCAACAGCAGCACGCAGUACCUGCACGUGUGGCUGGAGGACGGCUUGGUCACAGCUCAGCUUGCUGACGUUGACAUCCUGAGGGGGGAGAGCGCGGUCAAUGAUGGGGAAGUUCACUUUGUGAACGUGGAGGUGUCACAGGGGUACAUGACGCUGCAUGUGGGGGCUCACAAACAAGCUGAGGUGGAUGUCAGGACUGAUGGAGUUCAAGCAGGAGACAUUGUGUGUGUCGGAGGGCUGCUGGAGAGCGAUACUACCGCAGGUUUUGGUGGACAUUUUAAAGGAUGCAUCCAAGACCUGCAGAUAAAUGACAGGAGGCUUCAGUUUUUUGGUUUGGACACCUCAGUUCGGACAUUCCCUUUGCAAUUUAUGGAGAAUGUGACUGCUGGCUGCUCUGGAGACAACACCUGCAGUAGAAACCCUUGUCUAAACGGGGGAAUGUGUUACUCCCUGUGGGACGAUUUCACCUGCACCUGCCCACCCAGCACAGCAGGGCGGCACUGUGAAGAGGUCAGAUGGUGCGAAUUGUCUCCAUGCCCUGCAGACGCUGAGUGCAAGAUGCUCAACCAAGGUUAUGAAUGUUACUCCAAUGCCACUUUCCUGAAUGAGAGCACUGUUCUGGUCUAUCGAGGCAAUGGCCACAUAUUCCGCAACCUCACCAACCUCUCUGUGAACCUGCGCACCAGGAAACGUAGCGCAGCCAUCCUACACGCGGAGAAGGACUCGGCCUUUGUCACCCUCUCUGUCCAGGACGGUUUCCUCUUCGUGGAGCUUCAGAGCUUCACCAGAGAUGCGGAAGGCACGGAGGGAGACAAGCGAGGAGCGUCCACAGUCAGCCUCAACAGCAUGAGAUCUGUCAGUGAUGGCGAGUGGCACAGUGUCCACUUGUUCAUGACUGCACCGUGGGCUAAUAUGUCUGAGUGGACUCUGGUGCUGGAUGAUGAAGUAGAUGAAGCCAUCACCUCCAGUGGUCAAGGGGGAAACCUGGACUUCCUCAGGAAGGGAGUGGACAUCUUCCUGGGAGGUUUGGGUCCUGACAUUGGGUGGUCACUGUCUGGGUGCCUGGGCACAGUGGAGAUGGGUGGUGUUGCUCUGCCUUACUUCAGCUCUUCUCGGGUGAACUUUCCACGUUUGCAGGAGGAGCAAUUCAUCCAGACGUCACUUAAGCCUCCGCUGGUCGGUUGCAGCGGGGCGUCUGUGUGUACGCCCGACCCGUGUCUGAAUGGAGGGGAGUGCCGAGACUUCUUCAACUACUACAACUGCAGCUGUGCUGAGGGCUGGGCAGGGAGGCACUGUGGCUUCUUCACUGACACCUGUGCCUCCGGUCCUUGUAUCCACGGCAACUGCAGCGUCAACGGGCUGACCUACGAGUGCUCCUGCGAACUCGGAUACACAGGAGUGGACUGUGAGGAGGAGGUCGACAUCUGUGCAAACCAUUUGUGUGCACAUGGAGGCACCUGCCUGUAUGGGCCUGACAGGUAUGCCUGUCUGUGUCCUGAAAACUACACCGGACCUCUCUGCAAUGAACGGGUUGAAGAAAUUCCUUGGUACAUUGUUGUCAGAAAUGUGCGGCCCAAGCUUCCUGUGUCUGUGUGCGGAGAUGACAUCAAAAACUACACUUGCUUCAACGGUGGCAACUGCACUGAGCGUGAGCUGUCGUGUGACUGCCCGCCUGGCUUCACUGGGCACCGGUGUGAGCAGGAGGUCGACGAGUGCAAGUCCAACCCGUGUCUGAACGGAGGCUACUGCCGCAACCUGGUCAACAAGUUCCUGUGCGUGUGCGACAUGAGCUACGCCGGCGACAUUUGCCAGAUGGACUUGACCUCUGAAGGCAUGACCUCUGACCUCCUACUCGCCAUCAGUCUGGUGUCCGUCGUCCUGCUGCUGGUUCUCAUCCUGACUUCGGCCGGACUGGCGGUGGCGCUGAACCGCCGAGCCACCCGCGGCACCUACAGCCCCAGCCGGCAGGAGAAGGACGGGUCCCGGGUGGAGAUGUGGAGCAUCACCCAACCUCCGCCUAUGGAGAGGCUCAUCUGAAGAGCGGCCUGGGAACGAGGCCUUCACAUUUGGAUAUGCACAUGAUACAACGUUUUCUCGGAGUUCUCCGGUGACACCGUUCGUCCUUCUUGCUCAGAUGCGCUGCACCUGCCCGACGGGCAUCCUUCAUUCUACAUAGAUUGGUGCUCACAAUGUAUAGAGUUUGUGUGCCUAAUCCAUAUUUGUAGGACAGAUUUGUCUCCCGCUUAUCCUGUUCAUCAGCUGAAAGACAGACAAGACCCAGGACUGGCCACCAGUUAAACACAAGGCACCGUAAGGACUUCUUUUUGCAUAACAUCCUCUGUGAGCGCUGGAAUCAUGUAGUUCUACAGACAUAAAACAAAGAUAGGAAUGAAUGACUCAGAAAUAGUUUGUCUUUAGGCUGACUUGCCUGUUAAAAUGUUACAAAACUGUGCUGUCACAUUGUGUAUGUACGGAAAAGAUUGGUCAUUAUGUGCCUUUGUUUGCCGCUAGGUAUGUAAAUAUAGUCUGUGGGUGUAUAUUAAUUUAUUUCAUAGAUGUCGAAUUUGGUGCCAAUAUUUUGAUGAUUUGCAUUGCUUUUUCUUUUGUGUAGGUCUGAAUACAACAAUACUCAUCGUGAACAAACUUUGUCACAUUGUCUUCUUUUCUUUACACAAAAUAUGCAAGGCUGUUCUCAGCAAAAUUUGCACUCCAUACACAAAGUAUGAUUAUUUAAACACAUUUUCUGAAACUAAUAUGCCUUACAUACUGUAUUGGUCCUUAUAGUUAACACUAUCAAGUUCAGAUAUUCAAUUAUGAUUAUGGCUUCUUUCGGGGAUUGAAAAAGUUAAAAUAUAUCUUGCUUAAAAGAGAGUUUAUGCAUUUCUUUGUAACAUAUAAAGGAAUUUGCAUGCGUCUUUCAAAAAAUCUCGCUGAUUUGAACCACACGGUUUUGUUGGGGCAGUAACGUCUUGUUACCACGACAACCAACGUGGAGUUAGCGCAUCGCGACGAAGCAAGGGCUGCACAGUGCGUUUCUUUACAUUUAGUGACUUUUCCGACCCCUCGAACGACAAAUCUAGUGAGUGUUUGUGGUGGUAUCGGGGACUUCUGGAGACUGUUCGCCAUUAUGCGUCCAGAAUGCAAAUGAAUCGCUCUUGCACGAUCACACCAAAUGUGAUUAAACUAUAUCCUCCCCAUAAAGUGCGCGUCUAUACAAAUUCAGUUGUGGAGGCAGCACUUCAUCACCAAAUUACAUUUUGUCAAUUACUGCAGUGGAUCAUUUGCUACUUACGGCUCAAGGAUUGUUUCGUUUACCCUUCUUGUUAAGGUCUGCUUGCAUUGGGGUCACGUUGUGCAAGCUUGCUGUGUGCGAGCCGACUGUUGGCAUACAUACUGUCCCGUACACGACUGAAGUGGAACAGUAUGGCCUAGUACUGUUUAGGAUCAUUGGGACAUGGUGGAGGUGACUGACAUAGAGUUUGAAGUUCAUCAUACUAGAAGUCUUUGUUACUUUUGCUCCUGUCAUGCAACUAAAUUAUU